AUGAAAAGAUUUGACCAGUUGUUUCGAAGAACAAUGUCGAGUGGAAAAAUUGUACAACCAAAAUGGUACGAACCUAAUGUCCAAAAAGAGAAGCGCGUGUUGAAGCUCUACAAUAGUUUGACUAAGAAUAAGGAUGUUUUUAUUCCUCAAUCUGGUGGUAGGUUAGUUACCUGGUACUCAUGCGGUCCUACCGUUUACGAUGCCUCGCAUAUGGGUCAUGCUAGGAAUUAUGUUUCAAUUGAUAUCAAUAGACGUAUAUUGUCUGAUUAUUUUGGGUACAAUAUUAAAUUUGUUCAAAAUGUUACAGAUAUAGAUGAUAAGAUCAUCAUAAGGGCCAGACAGAACUAUUUAUUUGAGAAAUUUUUGAAAGAAAAUAAGACACUUGAUAUCGAGGAAGUUCGUUCUGCUCUUUUAGCAUACGCCGAGAAGAACUUGAAAAUUAAUCAAGUAAAGUCCGUCGAUGAAAUCGAAAUUGCGUUGAAGGCAUUGGAUUUCGAAAAUGAGAAAUCUAAAGAUCCAAAGUUUCCAAUGCAUUAUACGGCUGUUCAGAGGGCUAUUGAAGGUUUAAAGGCUCCUAAUUCAGAAUCGUCUUUCGUGAACGUUAAAGAUGUUGUCAUGCCUCAUCUUGAUGAGAAACACGGUUCGAGUGUGACCGAACCAGAAGUUUUCAGGGAGUUGCCAGCUUACUGGGAAGAACAAUUUGAUAAUGAUAUGAAAAAAUUAAAUGUUUUGCCUCCAAGUGUGACGACGAGAGUUUCCGAGUACGUACCUGAAAUUGUUGAUUUUGUUUCAAAGAUCAUUGACAAUGGGUAUGGUUAUGCAACAGAAGAUGGCUCGGUUUAUUUUGAUACCGUAAAGUUCGACUCUUCUGAGAAACACGACUAUGCAAAGAAUCAACCUUGGAAUAGAGGUCAGUUGGAUUUAAUCAAAGAAGGUGAAGGUAACCUUUCGAUUGCAAGUAGUGGUAAGAAAUCUCCUAACGAUUUUGCUCUUUGGAAAGCAUCUAAGCCAGGUGAGCCUCGUUGGGAUUCGCCAUGGGGACCUGGUAGACCUGGAUGGCACAUUGAGUGUUCUGUGAUGGCUAGCGAUAUACUUGGUAGCAAUAUGGACAUCCAUUCUGGAGGUAUUGAUUUAGCAUUUCCUCAUCAUGAUAAUGAGUUGGCCCAAUCUGAGGCCUGUUUUGAUAAUGAGCAAUGGGUGAAUUAUUUCUUGCAUACUGGUCAUUUACAUAUAGAGGGACAAAAGAUGUCGAAGUCUUUGAAGAAUUUUAUUACUAUCGAUGAAGCCUUGAAGAAGUUCACAUCGAGACAGCUGAGGUUAGCGUUUUCACUAGCACAGUGGAACAAUCAAUUAGAUUUCAAAGAAGCUUUACUGUCCGAAGUGAAAAGUUUAGAGUCAAUGUUUGGUAACUUCUUCAAGAGUACUAGAGCUUUAAAGUCGGAUGUGGUUUACCAUGCGUCGAAGAAGCUAGGCCCUUUGGAAAAGGAAUUGUUGGGUGAGUUAGAAGUUGCUAAGGAUAAAGUUGAUGCGGCGUUCUGUGAUAAUUUGUCAACCCCACAAGCAUUAAAGGCAUUGAGUGAGCUUGUGACCAAGUGCAACUCUUAUAUAUCUGAUGUUGGCAGUGAACUGCGGAUAGAGCCGUUGGUUGAUGCUUGUAAUUACAUUUGUCAGAUUUUAGGGGUAAUCGGUAUUCCAAUGAGAGAGGAUAAAUUGGGAUGGAAAGAAGGCGAAUCUGGAUCUACUGGACAGUUUGAGGAUAUUGUGUUGCCAUAUGUUAAAUGUUUGUCUAGGUUUAGAGAUGAUGUGAGAAAGCUAGCUAUUGAAAAGAGGGAAGUCCUAGAGUUUUUGAAGCUAACCGAUAGGUUAAGAGAUGAAGAGUUAUUAAAAUUGAACGUGUUGUUGGAUGAUAGAAACGAUCAAGGAGCUCUUGUUAAGUUGAUUUCUGAUGAGGAAAAGAAUCAGAUAGUGGAGGAAAAACAGAAAGAAGCUGAGAGAUUGGAGGCUAAGAAGGCUUCUGAUGCGGCUAAGAAAAUUGAGAGAGAGAGUAAAGAGAAGGAACGUCUAGCGAAAGCAAAGGUACCGCCAGGAGAAAUGUUCAAACAAUCUGAAUUGUACUCUGAGUGGGAUGAAGAAGGUAUUCCUACAAAGGAUUCUAAAGGUGAACCUAUUACUAAAAGUAUGACCAAGCGUUUGAAAAAACAAUGGUUACAACAGGAAAAACUGUAUAAGUCUGUGCAAUAA